CAACACCAGUCACAACACAACAAUGACACCCAACAGCACAACACUCUCCCCCACGUCCUCGCGCACGCAGCUCAUGUCGGAGCAGCUCGAGACGUACGCCCAGCCCAGCUGGUACGGGCGCCACAUGUGCGGCGAGAUCCCAGCCGACAUUGAGCACCUCGCCACGCUCGUCGACGAGGGCCACCAGCCCGUCGACGCUGCCCUUAUGCUUCGCUACAACUCCAACGACCUCAAACUCGCCCGCCAGGCGCUCCAGCACGUCGAGCACGAGAAGCUCGGACAGAAGUUCCAGCCCUCGUGGUGCUCGGUCUGUGGUGUGCGCGAGAAGGAGGCCACAUUAGCCACCUCUGCCUACGGUACCAUUCUCCGCGGCGGCGGUGUGGCGGCUGGCGUCUCGUCGCUCGUCGUGUCCGCUUCGGCAUACUAGAUUAGUGCUCCGCAUGUUCCCAGCACCUAGAGAUAUUGUACAU